AUGAGAGCUGGCUCCUUCAUAGGCCGGCUUUUCGUCCACCCGGGCUUCCGAACAUACCCCAACGUCAACGCCCACGCCAGGUUCACCAUUGCCAGUCUUGGUCGUCGAUUCGCGUCUCAGAGCUCCCGCGGCCCUCGAUUCACACAAUGGCCCAAAGGCGCACCGAAAAGAAUAGCACUGCGUGCUUCCGGCGGUGCUGCGGCACUUGGAACGGCUGCUUUUGUUGAGCUGUCGCAACAAGAAAAUGGCAAUGAUCAAGAGACCGGCGAGAAGCGCAUGCUCGAGGUAUCACGGGCCGAGGUGAAAAAGGGCGUAUCGGCCGAUUCCCAUGGCCUUUCGAGGCUCGGAGAGCGCAUCAAGUACUUGAUCGACCUCUUGAUCAUCGAGCCCGUAUGCACUGGUUUCCGUUUCCUCCAGCUUGUUGUGAUUUUUGUGCCGGUGAUAAUCACCAUUCCUGCCAUAUACUUUGGAAAACGACAACCUAGUAGAGACAACGAACGAUCAGGUACGCUCUGGUGGUAUGGCUUCUUAGUCAACGAGAUGGAAAUGGCUGGCCCAGCCUUUAUCAAGCUCGGACAAUGGGCUGCCUCGCGAACCGAUAUCUUCCCUACCGAAAUGUGCGAGAUCAUGUCUAAACUUCACUCGAAUGCGCCGGCUCACUCACUCCAUGCAACGCGCGUCACGGUGGAAGCUGCUUUUGGUGGCCGCCCCUUUGAAGACAUCUUUGACGAAUUCCAGGAGAAGCCUCUCGGUGUUGGCGCUAUCGCUCAGGUCUACAAGGCCAAGCUGAAGCCAGGCUUGGCUAAGCCAGAGGAAGCUGAUCUUCAUGACUCAUAUCCUCUGGCGCAAAAUGUGAAGCGCAAUGUUGAUACAGUGCUCAAGAGCUCCCCGCAUAGAGUACCGUCGUCCUACGUUGCAGUCAAAGUGCUGCACCCAUACGUCGAGAGGACGGUUCGACGAGACCUUCGCAUCAUGGGCUUUUUCGCUUCCCUGCUUAACUUGAUUCCUACGAUUGAGUGGCUGUCACUGCCCGACGAGGUUGCUCAAUUCGGGGAGAUGAUGAAGCUCCAGCUUGACCUUCGCAUAGAGGCCGCAAAUCUGGCCAUUUUCCGGAAGAACUUCAAAGAUCGAUCUACAGCCUGGUUCCCAUACCCGUAUACUGAAUACACAACGCGAAAUGUCCUUAUUGAAGAAUACGCCCAGGGUAUACCAUUGGCAGACUUUAUGGAGAAUGGCGGCGGCGUCUUCCAACAUGAUAUUGCCGACGAAGGCCUUGACGCUUUCCUCCGCAUGUUACUCCUUGAUAAUUUUGUCCACGCUGAUUUGCAUCCUGGCAACAUCAUGGUGCGAUUCUACCAAUCAGCUCACCCCGAGCUGCGUCUGAGAAAGACAAUGACAAAGGCGCACCCCGAUGAGAAGGAAGAUGUGACCGAGCAAGUGCUUGAACGGCUUCGACCAUAUCGACACCGCAAGGACCCUAAGGCUUGGGAGGCGGAGCUGGCCAAGAUCGAUGCUGAAGGUUUCCGGCCUCAGCUCAUUUUUAUCGACACUGGACUCGUGACUGAACUCAACGCUGUGAACCGCGAGAACUUCCUCGACCUCUUCCGCGCCGUUGCCGAGUUUGAUGGUUACAAGGCCGGCCAUCUCAUGUGCGAACGCUGUCGCCAACCAGAUGCUGUACUCGAUAAAGAAGUGUUUGCUCUAAAGAUGCAGCAUCUAGUUCUCGGUGUCAAGAGCCGCACCUUGGCUCUCGGUAACGUCAAAAUCGGCGAUAUCCUGCAAGAGGUGCUUAGCAUGGUUCGAAACCACCAUGUUCGCCUCGAGGGCGAUUUCGUCAACGUCGUAAUUAGUAUUCUGCUUCUUGAGGGUAUCGGUCGCAGUCUGAACCCCGAUGUUGAUCUACUCAGCAGCUCCCUGCCAAUCCUGCGACAGCUCAGCGCUCAGAGCGGCCCAGGUAUGGCAAAGCAUGGCGACUUUUCCAUGCUAGUGGUAUGGCUGGGAUUGGAAGCAAGACGAUUUAUGCAAGCCAGCAUCGAAGACGUCGAACGAUGUGUCAAGUAUGACCAACUUUCCCCCAAUGUAUAA